AACUUUUCAUGCGGAUUAUGGAUCUUAAUAAUUUUUCCAGGCUUAGGCUCAAGUCCUUUAGAAUAUUUUACCGAAACAGUAAAUCUCAAAAACAUUUAAGCAUACACCAAAGUAUAUAUAAACCCUUGCCAUCUUUAUGUCAUUUCAUUUUAAUUCUUUAUUUCAUUAAUAUACAAUGUCUUCUGCUGUUGAAUUCUCAUCAGAACAGUCUGCCAAUAACCAUUACAAAGCAUUCAUCGAUCUCUUUCGUACCAAGUGCAAACUUCAUUCUGAUAGAAUCUUUGCUCGUUACUAUUUCAACAAUACAUACAAGACCUUAACAUAUGCUGAAUGUGAUCGAAUCACUACAAACCUUGCUUGCAAAUGGGCUGCUAAAGGAAAGGGUCUUGAAUGUAUCUCUCUUAUAGGUGAUCAUUCCGUUGAUUAUCUUAUCAUUAUGCUCGCUCUUUUGAAGCUACGUGCAACUCUACUUGCUGUUUCUCCCCGUAACUCUGAACCUGCUAUUGUCAACCUUUUAGAAAAGACCAACUCCAAGUUGUUCCUGACUACGGUCAAACACGAGUCGACCGCUCAGAGUGCUGCUGCCAAGGUGGGUGGUGUAGAAGUCAUCGCUAUUGAACCGCUCAAUAUUGAAGAGCUACUUUUGGAACCCCUUAACCCUGAACAUGACAAAUUGUUAGACUCUGAGUUUACUGAUGCAGAUCUGGAGAAGGCUGCAUUGAUCAUACACAGCUCUGGAACAACCAACUUCCCAAAGCCUAUAUACCUCAGUAACAGAAGCUUACAUUACAUUACCUGCUUUCCCGAUAUUUAUAAAGAGAAAUAUAAUAUACAAUUGGGUGAUGCAAAUGACGUUCACCUUUACUGUCUUCCUUUAUUCCACUUGUUUGGUGUAUUCGGUCUGACACAUACUGUAGUGACUGGAGCAAGUACAGUGCUUUUAGAAAGACUUCCUCCUUCACAAAAGGAAAUAGACUUUGCCCUUCGAGAAAACAAGGUUACUGUCUUGGCUGCACCCCCUGUUAUCCUUGAGCAAAUGAUCCCCUUCUUAAAGGAGUCUAAUGACCUUUCUGCUGUCCGUCGACUCAAGUACGUUUUCUUUGGCGGUGCUCCUCUCAAGCGUGAGGCAGGCGACUGGCUUUACUCCCACGGCAUCAAUAUUCGCAAUCUCUACGGCUCUACCGAAAUGGGCGUGGCCUUGAUCUCUAAUCUGAACCCCAGAAGUGAUAACUGGUAUUCACUUGGCCCCUACUUGAAUGAUUCCGAUGGUAACCCUUACUUUGUUUUUGAAGACGCUGGUGAUGGUCUAAAACACUUGUACCUUCGCCACGAUUCUCCUACCAUGGCUCUUGGUGUAGCAAAUCGUCCUGAUGGAGGAUUUGACAGCAAUGACUUAUUCAAAGAAGACCCCGAUCACCCUGAGUUCUACAUCUAUGUCGGAAGACGAGAUGAUACCCUCAUUAUGGAAAAUGGUGAAAAGACGAACCCUGUACCCAUGGAGUCCACUAUUCGCUCAAAUCCUAUGGUCAAACAAGUUGCUGUCAUUGGUCAUGGUCGUCAAUGUACUGCUGCCCUUGUUGAAGUUGACCUUGAAUAUGCCAUGAACUACGAGCCUAGAGAGAUCAUCAGCUCUGUACAUGAAGCUGUAGAGGACGCCAACAAAGAAUGUCCCAGCCAUAGCACUAUUCUACCUCAGAUGGUUAAGAUCCUUCCCUUCAGCAAGCAUUUGCCAUCAACGGACAAGGGUACUGUGAUGAGAAAGAAAGCAGAAGCAAUUUACAAGGACUUGGUUGACCAAAUGUACCAAGAAUUUCUUGAAGGCCCUCGUUCCAAUGGGAUACUCGAUGGUGACAACGCUACACCUGAACAAAUCGAAUCUUUUUUGGUCAAAGCAUCCUCUGAGGUUCUUCGUUUGCCUGAAUCUACAUUCAAUGAUUACUCGAGAUCUCUUUUUGACAUAGGGCUCAAUUCCUUGACAGCUAUCCAGCUUCGUAACCUGAUCUCUAAGCAGUUUGGCAAUGUUCCUCAGAACUUUUUGUUCCAAAACCCUUCUAUCUCUGCUAUACGUGAUGUCCUGUCGUCCAACAAGCAAAUGAAUGCUGCUGAACUUGUGGAAUUAAGGUACCAAGAAGCUCAAGAAUUAGCCAAGCGCUAUAUCGAACGAGCCAAGACUGAUUUCCCUGUGGCUGAGGAGCAUUACGACGAAUUACAAGAUAAGGUUGUAUUACUUACGGGCGCUACUGGGUCCCUUGGUUCAUUCAUGCUGCGGGACUUGUUGAAGGACUCUUCUGUGAAGAAGAUCUAUUGUCUGGUUCGUGGUAAACAAGAAGACCUGUGUCAACGUUUGGUUAGCUCGUUCAAGUCUCGCCGUCUUGAUGUCUCCUUGCUAAACUCUGAUCGUGUAGAAGCACUACCUAUGCGUAUGAACGAGCCAUAUCUUGGAUUGACAAAGGAAAAGUACGAGCAGCUUCGUAAUGAAGUGACUAUUGUUCAGCACUGUGCUUGGCUCUUGGACUUUAAUAUGACUAUUGGUCAUUACGACAAAGAAUGUAUUAGCCCCUUUUACAACCUGCUCAAGUUUGCCUACCGAGAAGUUAAUCCUAUGCACGUUUACUUUGUCUCCAGCAUUAGUGCUAGUGCUGCUUCUGGCGCUGUUGUUGAAGAAAAGCCUCUUCGAUUUGAUUCUCAUGUUGCCAUGCCUAUGGGUUAUGCUCACUCCAAGUUUGUUUGUGAGAUGCUUUUAAAUUACCUCACAAAGGAGAAGAAUUUCCCCUGUUACGUUGAGCGUCUUGGACAAGCAUGUGGUGAUGCUGAAAAUGGUGUAUGGAAUACUUCUGAACAGUUCCCUUUGAUGUUUGUCGCUGGUGGUUCCUUGAUGCACAAGAUGCCUCGCUUUAAUACCAACAUUGAUUGGAUUCCUGUUGACUAUGCUGCUGCUGCCAUGGUUGGCAUCAUGCUUCGUACCUCAUGUCUUCCUUCUAGUUUAGAUGACUCUAUAUACCAUAUUGUUAACCCACGCAACAUCAAAUGGACAGAUAUCCUUGAGGCCAUGAGUUCUUGUGGAAUGAAGUUUGAAAUCGUAGAGCCAGCUGAAUGGACUGAAACUCUCUCUAAAGAUGAUACCAACCCUGCUUACCGUCUUAUGUCCUUUUAUGAGGAUAUGUUCAAGUCCGGUUUAGUAAUGCCACUUUGGGAAACAACCAAGACAUGCAAAGCUACUCCUGUCCUUGGUAAAUCACCAGUCAUUGAUGCCGAGUUGUUCAACAAGUAUUUGAAGCAUUGGCAAUCUGUCGGCUUUUAUAACCCAUCCAAUUAGAACUUUUUUUUCAUAUCUGUAUUAAAUAAACAUCAUUCUCAUUUUAUAAAAUUGCAUAAUAA